AUGGCUCCCCAGGCAAAGAAAUCCGGCAAGCAGGCCAAGACGACGAAGAAGUUCGUCAUCAACGCCCAGCAGCCCGCUAGCGACAAGAUCUUCGAUACCGCCGCUUUCGAGAAGUUCCUCCAGGACAAGAUCAAGAUCGAUGGCCGCACUGGUAACCUCGGCGACACCAUUGUCAUCCAGCAGGCUGGCGAGGGCAAGAUCGAGAUCAUUGCCCACAAUGAGCUCUCUGGUCGAUACCUCAAGUACCUGACCAAGAAGUUCCUCAAGAAGAUGCAGCUCCGUGACUGGCUCCGUGUGGUCUCGACCUCCAAGGGAGUCUACGAGCUCAAGUUCUUCAACGUCGUUAACGACGAGGCUGAUGACGAUGAGGACUAG